UAGUAGUAGUAGCAGCAGCAGUAGUGCUAGUAGCAGCAGCAGUAGUACUAGUAGCAGCAGCAGCAGUAGUAGUAUCAUUAGUACUAGCAGCAGCAGUAGUAAUAAUCAUAAAUACUACACUGUUUGGUUUACAUGAUGGUCUCCUUGCUACCACCCUGUAAGGUGGAUUUAAUAAGGGCAGUGUGGAAUGAGCAUUCACUAGAGCCUGGUGUCAGGAAACCUUUGUUCUAGGCGGCACACAGCAGAGUUCUUUGUGCUGCAGCCUCGAGACUCGAUGGCUCUUAUAGGUAUCAGGUGCUGAAGGGAAACAGCCAUUCAGCCUAUGGUGUCAGGGGCUUUGGGGAGGGGGGUAGUGGUUGUAGUUUGGGAACUUGAUUGGGUCCUGCAGCUGAGAUGACUUAAUCUCUCUGGCUGAGCCAGGACUAGAGCUCUCAUCUCUGCUCUCCCCACCAGCAGUGGUUUCCCCUCUGGGUGGAUGUGUCCUCCCACAUCUUUACCUUUCCACUGAAUUCUGGCUGUCUGCCUGCUGGAUGUUCUUUCUGGGAUCCCAGCCUCUAAUCUUAACCUGAGUAAGGAGAACAAGGGAGGAGCCACCACCCUGGACAUUUCAGUGGGUCUAUCAUCUCCUUGUUGUGGGCAGUCUACCUGACUCCCACUCUGUCUGUCCUUUGCGAACGUUCAUUAGUGGAUGCAGUGGGGUGCAUAUCCAUCAGUCCUCCUGCCCACCUUAUUUUUGGCCCCUGGGUUUCUCCGAUGGUGCUCUUUAUGCUGCUUCUCCUGUGUUGUCUGAUUCUCCAUUGGUAACUUGGAGUGUAGGAGAAGGGCCUGUUGUGGGAGACAGUGGGCAUUUUGUUAUGGUACAUGCCCAGUUGAGUACUCUGGUGCCCUUGAGUUAGUUCCCAUUACCCAGACUCAGGGUCCUGAAGGAAGGAUGGUUUGUUAGUGAAAGAUUGUGGGAGGGUGACUGAGGGACCAUGGGGCUAGAGAAAGGCCAAUGGGCAAUUUUUUUUAAAGGAAAGUGAAUAGAGUCAACAAACUAUAACCUGACCUGACAAUUCUAGAACCUAUGAUGAAAAUGAUGUUAGCAGACUUUGAGAAAAGAGUGGUGGUCUCUGAGAGAAGGCCAGCAUAACUUGAUGGAGUUGGGGUCAUGCCAAGCAAAUCUUCUUUUCUUUGGCAGAGUCACAGGUGCUGUAGGUGUUGUGGCUACAGGUUCAGGGAAGAUAUUUGACUUUGAUAGAUGCUCUUCUAUGGAUAGGCUAGGAGCCACUGCAGGCUCAGUUAAGUAGGCUGAGAAGUGGUUGGAUGAGCUUCACUAUCAGCUUGGAGGCAGGUCUCCGGAGGAAUGCUCUGAGGAUCCAUCUGUUCUUGGCUUUGUGCUGUUUAACCCUUCUGUAGUUUUAAUUUCAUCACUGACUUUGAGGCAGGUUUAGAGCUUUGCAGGGGACCCCAAGUGGGGAUAGGGAGCUGAGUUGCUGUUUUAGAAUGUCACAUGUAGGAUGCAAAAAGGUCUUGUUGGGCUGGAAUGACAGACUGUUGGACUUCGGUCAAAUAUAGUAGGGGUGAAUGGAAAGUCUUACACCUGGUUCCAAAAAGUCAGCUUCACCAGGAGAAGACGGGGCCUAACGUCAGAUGACAGUACAUGUGGAAAAGGUCUCUGUUAAGUGGGGUGCAGGCUGAAGAAGAGCCCAGAUCAUUUUAGGCUGAAUCAGGAGAGGUGUAGAAUCCAGGGUAAGGGAGGCAGGUGAUGUUCCUGUUGACCUAGCCUUGGUUAAACCCCCUUGGAGUCCUGGGCUCAAUUCUGGACUCCACAGCUAAUCCAGAAAGUGUCUAAAGGAGGGACAACCAGGAGAGCCAAGUGCUUACACAGGCCCUGGCACAUAGUAGGUGCUUAAUAGAUGUGCCUGCCAGCCUGGCUAAGGGCUUCACUCAGCAAAAUGAAGGGGAGAAGAUCUAAGGGGCCCUGGACACAGUAACUUUGGGGACUGGGAGUACUAUUGUAUGGAGGAGGGAAUGAACUCACUUGGUGUGGUCAUGGGACAGGACUGGAAAUGGGGGUAGAAGUGGCAGAGGCAGGUUUUGGCUUGAGAGAAGAGGAGCCCUAUCUGGAACUAGAUUGGACUCCCUUGGAAGGUGGCAGGUUCCCCUUUACUGGGCAGCUGUGUUGGAGAGAAGACAUUCAUUAUGGGCAAGGUGACGGUCAGCCCUGAGAUACGGUGAAGACUGAAUUCAGCACGAUAGACUUAGAGCUAAAAAGGACUUCAGGGAUCAUCUCCUCUCUCCUCAGAGGCUCUCUCCCACCCAGUCACCUCAUUUGACCCCAGAGCCAGACCUCUUUCCUGCUUCAGUCAUUUCCCCAAUCCCUUUUGCGGCCAGUCAAUAACCUUGAGAUCGUGACCCAGCAUCACCCACCUCACAGGCUUGUUUGUGAGGUCAUUGCUUUGCCAACCUUAAAGCGCCAUGGCAGGGAAGGCACAAUCAUUGCUACUCUUCAGGACUGGGGUUGAUGUUUUCAUUUUUCCUGUGUUGUCUUGUCUACCAGGCUUGAGGGCAAGCUCCCAACUGGGCCUUAUUCUUCAAGUCUCAGAUGCCCAAGAAAUAUUUGUUGAUUGAUACACAUUGCCACCUGAAAUCAGGGGUUGGUGUGUUUUCAGGAUCGGGAUUGAGAAUAAGAAAGGGGCAUCCCUCAUUGUGUGGAGAAUGUGACUGAGAAUUUCAGAUGAGAGAGGGCUGGUGAGGUACCUGCCAAUGACGUGAAGCCCAUUCAGCCUGAGAAGCUGGAAAAGACCUCAGACAUCCAGUCUUAAUGUUGCCAGGAGGAUGAGGCAUUCCCUGGAGAAUUCCGUCCUCUCUGAGGACCCUGUCAGGAUGACCGCCCCCAUGAUGCCGCAGCAAGCCCUCCCCGAGUGGCUGGCCACCUUCUCUGCUCCAGGGCUGGAGGCUGGACAGCAGUCUGGACAUCCCCCAGCUUCAUCUUAUCCAGAAGGACACCUCGAGUACAUUGAUUCCACAGCUGUUGCAGACUCUCUCCUGGAGCUGGCUCGAUCUGUUACCUUGCCUCUGCCGUCUCUGGGAGCAGCUCAGGGGGUUUCCUUGGAGGCCCAUCAGCCCCCCUCAUCUCCUGGGCGGCUCCAGCCUUGCCAGGAGGUUACCCUGGGGCAGCUACACGUGGCUGUGUGGCCUUCCCCGGAGAAGCAGACACAGCAGGAAAGUGAGCCCGGUCCUCUUGACAUUUCUCAGCCUCUGAAGAGAAGGAAGCUUGACUUGCCCAGUGAUGACCCGCUCCCUCUUAGUCAGACCUCUCUGCAGCUCCCUGCUGCAUCCCUACUCCCAGAGUUACUGACAGUGGACAGCAGUCAGCUCUAUGACCACGGACUCGAAACUGCCUCAGCUAUAGGACAGCUGCUCAGCCUGGAUUCUUGGUCUGCUUUCUCUGCGCUUGGCGUCGGCCCGGAGACCUGCGCCGUUCCCUUCACUCCUACUUCUCCAGCUCUUUGUGAUGGGCUUCACAUGAGAGCAUUGCCUGGGGAUGGGUUUUUGCUGAACCUCGAGGGAGGCAGUGAGAACCUGCAGGAUAGGUCAGGGCCUGGGAAGAGCAUUCAGGACCCAUCUGCCCUGGUUUCCUCUAGCUUCCCAGAAGACUUUGUGGAUGCCAGCGUUUCCAUCCCCAUGGUGGGCCAGGUGGGAGAAAGGAGCUGCCCCUCAGCUCAGUACUGGACUCCAGAGCAGAUGCUACCCCUGGCUGAGUUGGCUCGUCUCCCAGAGGCAAGCUCCCUGCUCGAGACUGAUUGUGACCCGCCGGCGACUCUCCAGCCCCAAGAAGGAGCUUCGUUCUGGAAGGCGUGGGCCCAGAGGCAGAAUGAGAGAAUCCUGAAGAAGACGGGAAAAGGACCUCAGGGAGUGGGAAGAAGAAAACCUGCCCUUUUCCAGGAAGACGUCCUGUCCGUGCCCAUCGCAGAGCUGAACCAAGGCCUCUGCCUUAUGACCCAGGAGGCCAGGAGGCAGGACGGCUCCAGCUACGAAGCUGAUGUGCUCUAUUACUUAUUCCUCUGUAUCCAGAAGCAUAUGUUCGACAACAAUCGGAUCGACAACAUCUUCACGGACCUUUACUACCUGAAGUUUUUGGAAAGGCUUCACCAAGUGAUGAAAGGAUGGUGUCCUCGAGUCAGCCCCUUGGGACACGUACUGUCCAGCUGCAUCAUGGAGCAGAUGCUGUGGGACUGUCGGCAGUUGGGAGCCCACUCGCCCAGUACUCUUCUCUUUACCCUGAUGUACUUCAACACCAAAUACUUCAUCUUAAAGACGGUGGAACAACACUCACAGCUGGCCUUCUCCAAAGUGCUCAAGCAAACCCGCAAGAAUGCUGGUGUGGGCAAAGAUAAGAGCCCGACAGUGAGAUUCCUUCGGCUCUAUGGACAGAUUCUGGGUGGCCUGAAAGAGAUGUAUGGAGAGCAGCUGGAGAACCCUGAGAACCCCUUGCAGUGUCCCAUCAAGCUCUACGACUUCUAUCGCUUCAAAUGCCCCCAGAGCGCCAAAGGGCCCAGUGACGCCUUCUACUUGGUCCCGGAGCUUGUUGUGGCCCCCAACAGUCCCAUCUGGUACUCGGGCCAGCCAGUGGGCACGGAGCUGAUGGAGCAAAUGCUCACCCGAAUCCUCAUGGUUCGAGAGGUUCAGGAGGCACACGCUGCACCCCAUGUGCCUGCCUCGCGGUGAGGGACGCCCGGGACGCACACUCCCGCCCUCUGUGGCUCAGUCUGGAAGGGUCACUCGGAGACGCUUGGGAGGCAUGUGGAGCGGCUGCUCCGAGCAGGCUGGGCAGGCCCUGAAUGCCGCUCUCUUCACUGUGGUUCCAGUGUGUUUUAUUUGCUUUGUUGGAUAAGAACCGUAUUUUGAGGUUUUUUUUCUAUUUUUUUGUGGCACGAGUGCUUGGAAAUGAAUGGUGGGCAGUGUACGUGUUGGCCUGAGUCUGAAUUGUAAUGAGGGAGCCCUCUCCUGGAGGCCAGCCGGGCUCUGGGAAUCCUCAAACCCAGGACGGGCCCUUCCAUGCUGGCUCCCAGGCACAGGUUUGGUGGUUCUUGGAGGGCAGUGGCCAGCAGUGGGGAGCUUGGGGGGUGGGGCGAGGAGGUUUGCUUGCACUCCCAUGGCCAGGCUGGGGAGUGCCCAAGCUGGCUUGGGGCAAGCCAUGGGUGGGAAUUGGUGCCUACCUGAUUUUCACUCAGGCCUUGAUCCUGGAUGCUGGUCUCCCUGUGGUGUGUGGCCAGGCUUCCGUUUACUACAAGCUGAGAAUUCUGUACAACCUUACCUCAGUCGGGCUGCAGGAGGCUGGGCCUGGGGCUGCCCUGGGCCUGGAGUGCCCUUCUCCCAUUGGUCAGCUUCUCUAGGGUCAAUCUUGCAGGGAGAUUGACCUAUUUUUAUAAAUGCCUUUUUGGGAGAGAAAUCACUCUGUAGGAGUCUGGCAGUGUCAGGCUCUCUUACGGCAAUGGAACUCUGAUUUGGAAAUAAAGUUUUUCUCUCAAUCAUUCAA